AAGGGAACACAGUGCCGAGCCGAUCCUGCAAGCCGGCUGCCCGCCCACGACACGCUGAUUCGGCGACGGUGGCUAUUUUUCGGUCACUGGAGCGUACCGUCGCCCCACGUCCGGUUCUGAUUGCACGGCUCGUCAACCGAUCAAAUCAUCCCACUAUAAAGUCAUCUAAGGGGGUGGGCCAUAGCUGGUCCUUCAAUUGCUGCAGAGAGCUCCUCUACCAGAAGUGAAAAGUGCUUGUGAUGAACAUUUGAACGCUCGCCGGUGAAUCCCCCCUACCGGAAAAAAGCUGGAAAAAAAUUGUUUGCCAAUAAAAAUAAGUCUGCACACCAAAUGCUCUUCUUUUAGAUUCAGUGCUCAGUAGCACUGAAAGCCUUCACGCGUUUAAUUUUGUCGCAACAUGAUGCUUAAUUUGAUGAAACAUUUCACAGAAGAGGAACUUCCUGAAUGAAGACAAAAAUCGGUUACGUUUGAAAAACAUGAGUCGUUUUUGCUCUGUUAACAACAAUUUCCCCUAUGAUAACCACAUCCUCGUCUUGGACAUGGUCCUGAGUUCCCUCUGGAGCGUCCCACAGCCGAUUGACUGGGAGAAUGUUGCUCGACUCGUACCGGGAUUUACGCCCAAAGAGUGUGCAAGGAGAUUCGAGGAACUGAAGAACUCCGGGAGCUUCUAUCAUGUGGACAACCAGUGCAACCCACUAACAGUAGGGGGCGGCAUGUCCUCUGACACACUGUCCCCCAGCAUCAAGUCUGCUCUCUUGGAACCAGACGUGGAAGGGGGGGAGAUGCUGGUCAGCCCAAGCAACAUCUCAGUGAGCGGUUUGUCUGUGAUCCCUUCAGGGAGAUGUUCAGGGGCUGACAGCGACUGUGGUGUCUCACCCGAGGAGGAGAAGGUCGACGGGGAUAAGGGGCCUAAUAUGGUUAUCCAUGUCUGUGACGAGGCAAAGAACCUGAAGCAGGACUUCAUGUGUCCACGAGACCUCCUGGUGAGCGAGAUGAAGUACUUCGCUGAGUACCUGUCCACUAACGCCCAGCGCUGGGAGGACGUGGACAUCUCGGUGCACUGCGACAUCCAGAUUUUCGACUGGCUCAUGAACUACGUCAAGAGGCACAUGAGUGACAGCGAGGACAAGCCGAAACUAGAACCCAGCAAUGUGAUCUCAAUCCUGAUCUCCUCCGAGUUCUUGAAGAUGGAGACUUUAGUUGAAGAAUGCGUGCACUAUUGUCACGGACACAUGAGCGCCAUCGUGGCCACGCCGUGCAACAUGAGCUGCAUUAACGACAACCUCAGCACGCGCAUAGCAGACCUCUUCAGCCACAGAGAGGCCGAGGAGAUCAAGGACAAGAAAGACAAGUUCAAAAGUAAAUUGUUCCAGAAGAAAAUCGAGAGGCUUUUUGACCCAAAUUACAAGAAUCCUGAUGCCCCAGGGAAUGCGUCUACCUUGUACAGGUGCGGCUUGUGCAAUAAACUUCUAACCAAAGAAACAGAGAGAAAGAUUUCCUGCAUCCCUGGAAAAAUUAACGUCGAUCCCACUGGAAACAUUGUAUACCGUCAUAGCAGGCAGAAGAACUGGGAUGUCCAUGACUACAUCAAUGGUCUGUACGAGGAGCUCAAGUCCUGGGAACUCGUCUACUGGAGGAUCUGGGGCACUGUGAACUUCCUCACCUGCGCCUCCUGCAGGCAGGCGUUUCUCUGCACCGAGCUGUCACAGUGCAGAUAUCACCCCGAAGCUGUGGUGUACCCUUCCUUGGGGUCAGAACCCACCUGGCAUGGGACCGGCCUCUACCCCUGCUGCAACCAGAGGGUGCUGCGCUUCGACCCCACCGGCCUGCCUAAGGGCUGUAAGGUGAAGGAUCAUUUUGUGGCUGAGGAGGCCGAUUGCGGUGACCCCCAGCUGAGUUCAGAUCAGGCGCGAGUGUUUGAGGACCUCCUCCUGCACAGAGAGGCGGUGUGCAUACCCAGCUCCCAAGUGCCUGAUGGUUCAGAGGACCCCCCUGCCGGAGGGGAACCACCCCAGGACUGUGACAUCCUGCUGGAGCCUGGUGCCCUACGGGCUCCCAAACCUGGCGACAUCACAACGUUUUCACUGUUGAAAAACUGGAGCUUACAGCUGAGGCAACAGUCCCUGCUCUCUGAAGACGAAGAAUACACCACCGGCUCUGAGGUGACGGAGGAUGAGGUCGGGGAUGAAGAGGAGGUCUCCAAGAAACAAGAAAAAGGUGCGAAGAAAGCCAAGAGGCCGAGCAAACCUCUGAAGAGGCAAAUGUCAUCGCCCCGUUUCCAGCGGAAGGAGCGGAGGCCAGAAAAGGCACCUUCCCGGGACACCACGCCGUUCACAGUGAGCGUUCAGAAGAGAAAAUGGGACAGCAGCCGCUCCAUGCGAUUCAACCAAGACGCCCAACGAGAAGAAGAUCAGCGAAGGAUGGCUGAAAUCGUUGAGCAUCUCACCAAGCUCAGAUUCGGUGACUUGGACCAGAGCAAAUCAAGUGAAACUGAGCAUGCGGGAGGGAUCUACUCCAGACUGGAGGCCCAGAUCAUGGCCCAGGCCAGCAGCAGACAGUCCGGCUCAGAAAAGACCUUCAGAGCAAAGGCACGUCUUACACAGGGAAGACCGACCUAGAGAAGGAGGACCAGCAGUGGCCUGGUGCUCCUUGUAGCCGCUCCCAGGAUCUCUCCCCGGAAGGUGCCUGAGGCCCAGUCUCCUCCCCCGCCCCCACCCCUCCACCCCCAGGCCAUCCCCUGUCCUCAGGUUCCCUGCCCAGCUUUGCCUCGCAUGGCCUGGUUUCAGCCAGAGACCCGCAGCCCUCUCAGGCCGACUCAGGUGACUUUGUAACACUCACCUCCCAUCAGCUUCUCUCCUGGAUCUUCUCCCUGGCCUGCUGAGGUGCACCACUCCCCGGAACUCAGCACUGGGGAUUAAAAUUACAGCUAGAGUCCAUACCACCGCCCUCAGGACAAAGAUGAUGGGAAAUCACCGGGUGUGUAAACAUGGGCAAAACUGAUUGGUCGCAGUUUAAUCCUGAUUCCGUACUUAAAUGUGUCUUUUUACUUUUAUUUUUAAUUUUUUCAGCCCUUCUAUGAAGACGUAUAUCACUGGGUUCAGCUUGUGACCAUUUACUCCUGGUUUAGUUUUAGGUAAUGAUGUAACAGACUAACCUGAAGCUGAGUAUAUCAAUACUCUGGUUGAAGUAUCUAGAAUUGUUGAAGAUGUCAUGUACUCAGAUUGCACUAAUAUUCCAUUAAUAAAACUUAAAAUUGCUCUUC